AUGACAGCUACCCAGAAACACAACCUCUUCACACCAGAACCUCACUACAUCCCUGGCUAUGCCGGCUUCUAUCCACAGCUGCGUUACCAAGUGGGGAACACCUAUGGGCGCACCACAGCACAGCUGCUCACGGAUCCCAGCGUGCAGAAGAGCCCCUGCUCUGUUCUCUCCCCUAUAUCCAAGCCCAAAUUCAUUGAGGACUUCAGCAAGUCUAAACCCCCCUUCAUCCCCUGCAGGGACCUGAAUGAGCCCUAUAUCCCCCACUACACUGGUCUGAAGCCAUACAAGAACUUUGAGAUCCUGGGCCAGCUCCCAUCCCAGGAGAUGGGUGCACAAGGGUCUCCAGAGAACAUAUCCAGACAGGUUCUGCUGCCUGCAGGUUUCAUGCCCUACCCUCCCUACCCCCCAUGCCCACCUGGCAGGAAGGGGUACUCUGGAGAGUUGGGACACCCAGGCCUGCUGCUGGCAUAUGGAGAAGAUGCAUGGAAGACCGCUGCCCCUGUCCCUGAGGUUCCAGGGCAGUCCCAGCUGUACCACUGCAGGAGGGACGAGUACCUGCCCCCACCCCACAGGCAGGAGACUCUAGAUGUAGGCAGGUUCCAGCGGCUACCCCAGUUGGACCACCCCAACCUGAUCCAACGCAAGGCUAUCUCAGGCUAUGCUGGCUUCAUACCACGGUUCACUUGGGUGAUGGGUGUUAAUUACCGCGAUGGAGUCACACAGGCUAUGGACGAGUUCGACAAGAACCAGUUCCUGUUCAGAAAUCCAGUCUGUUCUUUGGGUGAGAGGUUGCCCAAGAACCACUGGCCAAACACCACCAUCUACAACAGCCAGGGCCUGAUCCCGUUCUAUAUGGGCUUCAUCCCUCACAUGCAGGACAACUAUGCGCUGACCUUUGGCAACAGCACCCGCAAGGCCUACCGGAAGGAACUGGAGAGGCGGAAGGAACUGGAGAGGCAAACCGCACACUGA